AUGGCGUAUGUUAAUGUCGCUGAAUGGAAAACUGAGCAAGUGUGUGAAUGGUUAAAAGGUUUGGAUAAUUCUGUUCUUCCCUAUGUGCAUAGUUUUACAAAUCAUGGUGUCAAUGGACAACAAUUAUUAAGUUUAAGACCUGAAGACUUAGAACAUCUUGGAGUAUUAAAACUUGGUCAUCAAGAAAUUAUUCUUGAAGCUGUAGAAUAUUUAAGAAAUUUUCAUUAUGAACUUGAUCGUGAAAAUCUGCAAUUGUUGGCAUUACGAUUAUCGUGUCAAGCACAUAGUUUGCAAAAUGAAUUGUCUCGUCAAACAGAUUCUAAACCUGUUACAACUCAAACAUUAUCUGAUGUAGCAUCAGUAAUAAUGGCUGUAAAACCAUUAGUAAGAUGGCUUGAUCGACCUCCUUUUAGUGGACAAUUGGAAUACAAUGACAAAAAAGUAGAAUUAAUGAAGUUAGCUUUAGAAAUGGCCACAUGUGCACAAAGAGAUAGAUUUGCAGAGAAACCAAUAGAAGAAAUCAGAACUAUUUGUGGACAAUUAGCAAAAUUGGCAGAUUAUAUAAUACAAGAUAUUACUGAUCCUAUGAUAUUGCAGCCUGCUAGUUUAGAUUUGGCAACAUUAAAAAAGAAACCAGGAGAUGAUUUAGGAUUUUAUAUUUUACCAUCUUUUCAUGGAUCUCAUCAAAUUGCUGAAAUUAAAUUUGGAUCAGCUGCACAUCAAUGUGGUAAGAUGGAAGAAGGAGAUGAAAUUGUUCAGGUAAAUUAUCAAACUGUAGUUGGUUGGGAAAGAAAAAAUCUUUUAGAAUUGUUUCGUGAAAGUCCAGCAGAAGUAUUAUUAACUUUAAAACGUAGACCAAGACAUACAAAAGUCUAUGGUCAAAUUUACAUAAAACCAUAUCGACUUCCAAGCAAUAAAAAAACAUCUUACACAACACGAUGGCAACACAAUCUUCCAUCACCAAGACCAGAAUUAUUAACCAUACCAGAUUUUACAAUGCCAUUACCAAGGCCAAAGAAUCCCAGUCCAGAACCUGCAAGCAUUUUAGAUACUGUUAAUAUACUAGAUACAAUGAUAAUAGAUAGUAGCGAUUCAGAUAGUGAAACAGAACCACCUUUAUCAAUUCGAUUAUAUUCUACAAAACCAAGAAACUCAGUUCAAAGACGAGCUACAAUAACUGGUGCUAGUCCUACUACCAAGCAUGGAAUUGAUAUAGAACAAUUUUGGAAAGAAUUAAAACAAGAACAUAGUACAACCUCUCAAUUACGGGACAAAGCAGCAUCUUGUGCUCAUGGUUUAGAUAAUGUACCAUCAAAUAUACGGCCACAAACGUGUAUAAGUAUAGAACAAAGCAAAAGGAAAAAGAGGAAUGAUGGACAAACUGAUGAUAAGAAAGUACAAUUUCAAGAUAAACUUAUGAAACACGAUAUUCCUCAAGUAGGAAAUACAAUCAGUAUAAUACACGAGAAGAAAGAUGAAUGUAAAACUACUCAAAUUUGUGAGGAACUGUUAACUACUAGUAAUAUAAAUACAUCCAGCCAAAUUUCUCAAACAUCUGCUAAUGUUACCAAUAACAAUAACCUGAGUGAUACAAGCGUGCCUUUAGAUGAGUGCAACAAUUUUAUUAGGGAUAAACAUAGUAGUAGUAAAAAUAUGGUAAGCAGUAAAGAACCUAGUAUAUAUAACGGUAAAGAGCGAGGAAGAUUAGAUAAAAGUUACAGUACACCAGCGUAUGAUUUAAUGGACGUUCACAAUAUAGAGGACAGAAAACAAAAGUUAUUUUAUGUAUUAGAAUCAUCUGCAAAUAAUGUAAGCAAUGUAUCAAAUAAGACUGAUUUUCAAUUGACUUCUACAAAUUUCGAAGAUCAACAAGGAUUGAGAGAUGUUGAUGAUCAGAAACAAAGUACUCAAAAAAAUUUUAAUAGUAAUAUCCGAAAAAGUAGUGAUAUUGAUAACUAUAUUACUCAAGAUAACAAAGGCAAAUGUUCUGAAUCAUCUGAACAUUCGGAUUCGUUUAAAACUUCUAUAUGUAAGAUAACUGAUGCAAGUCAUAAAAUCAGUAUAGAAAAUAACCAAAGCAAUAACGAAUGUAUUAGUACCGAUGUAAAUAAGUAUGACAUGAAAAACAUAACAAACAAUUUAAACGUUAAAACGGAAAAUACGUCAAAAGUAUGUAACACACAAAAUUUUGCAAAUAAUUCAAAUUCAAAUCAUGAAACUAAUGAAAAUAAAUUGGAAUUAACAAAUAGUUUUGUGCAAAAAUGUGCCGAUAAUAAUUUAAAUUUGAAUAAAUUUGGAAAGAUUCAUCAAACAUUUAAUGAACCAAAAGAUUGUGGUUCAAUAGAACAUAAAACAUUAAUGGAAAAGAUAAGUAAUGUAUCAGUGAAAGAAAAGAUACAAUCUCCAGGACAAGUAUGGACAAAUAAUAAUUUGUAUUCUGUUGGAGAUAAUACACAAACUAGAAACAUUCCACAAAUUCAGAUUUAUCAAAACAUACAGAAUGAUAAUACAAUAACUGAAGAUGCUAUUAAUCAAGGAAAUGCAGUACAAUCAUGCAAAUGUAUAGAACUAACAAAAAUUGAAUCUAGUAAGAAUCUAGAAACUAAACCGCAUUUAAUACCUCCAGAUCCACCUCCACGUAAAUACCAUUCAAAGUUAACAAUAGAUUCAUCUUUAAGUAAUACUUCAAAAAUAUUUGAAGAUGAAGAAAAAUAUUAUACAUCAGAAAAACUUAAUACUAGGAAAGAUUUAAAAAACAUGGAACACAAUAUGGAAAAUCAUAUCAAAAGUAAUUUGGAUUAUCAAGACAAACAGGAUUAUUUUGAUGCUUGUAAUAGUUUUACAGAAAAAUUAGAAUUUAUUGACGACAUAAAUACUUUAGAUAAUGAAUGCAGACCUAGUUUGAACUUGGAUUCUGCAUAUUUAGAAUACAAUGAUAAACAAAUAAAGGAUACUAAAUCUAUCUGUGAUAAAUAUGAUCCUACUGUUGAAAAGUCUAUAUACUCCAAUUCAACAAUGGAAUACCAUGAUAUUGAGUCUUAUUCUCAAAAUAUGGAUUCUCCAGAUGGUUCAUAUUCUUCAAAACAAUUCCUAGAUCAUAAAACUAAAGUAUCUGAAAAGGAAAAAAGUUUUGAAAAGGGUGUGGUUAAUAAAGCUAUGAUGGUAGCCAGGAGUAUUGGACUGCAUGGAAGCUUAAGCAAAUCUUCCAGUAGUCCUAGAAGUAAUAGAAAACGGAGCAUAUUAUUUGCAAGAAAAAGAAAUAUCUCUGUUAAAGAUAUAGGCACAGGUGAUUUAGAAGGAUGGUUAACAUAUCGCACAAGAGGUGCAGGUGGUGCUUGGGCUAAAGCUUGGUUUAUUUUAAAAUGUUCUUCUCUAUAUAGGUUUAAAGCUCAAAACAGUAUAAAAGCAGACUGUCUCAUAGCUUUAACAGGAUUUACUGUGUCACGAGCUGCUGAAGUAAAAUCGAGAAAGUUUGCAUUCAAGGUUUAUCAUACAGGAACAGUAUUUUAUUUUGCUGCAGAUACUGAAGAUUCUUUUGCCUUAUGGGUAGAUGCAAUUAAUAAAGCAACUUUAGGUGCUGAUGGUCACAGUAGAAAUAGUGCUCUUUUCAGCGAAACUGAUGAGAGCGAUGGCGAACAAAAAAGUAAAACUAAAAGUGUUCAUACUUCGGAAUAUAAACCGAAUUUCGAAAAAUCGUUUGGAUCGUUAAAAAAAGUUGUCCGUAAGGAUUCUUCCACGUAUAAAGAACAUGAAAUCAGUGGUGCUAGUUUAGAUAGAAAAUAUUUGAAAUUUCUUGGUACAAGGAAUCAUAAUGUACCUGUUCCAACUGCACAAUUUAGAAGUUACAGAAGAGUUCUUCCUACGUCUACACCUAAUAAGAAACAAGAUUCUGUUCCAAAUUCACCAGACUUACAAAUGACAAUUGCAGGAAGUACAUUUUAUGGACUAUGUGCAUCUCAUAGUACUACUGAUAUGUCAAGUAGUACUCAAGAUAUGGGUGAUUACAGACGUACUACAGACAGGUGUCUCAAUAACAGAAAUAGAAGACCAGAAGAUCUGCAAGGUUUUAUUACAUUAGAAGAAUUUAUGUUAUUACAACAAGAAGAUCAAAGACAAAUGACGAGGACUAGACCUGUAUCACCACGAAUGACACCUUUAACUAGUGAUCACGUUCAUAUUCAACAUAAAAACUUCUACGAUAAUGAGACAAUUAGUGAACAAUCCAGACUUAUUGAUGGAGGUUUCAAUGAUAUUUACACUCGAAAUAAAAAUAAUGAUGAAAUGGUUAAUAAUACUGUUUUGUGUGGUUACUCACGAAAUUCGGACAAUAUUCAUACAAUGCGACAAUUUAGUGGAGAUUUUGAUUUAGAAAAAAAUGAGUAUAAAGGAGAACCAUCAAAAUAUACAAUUCCGAAAAAAUCGAACGAAUUUUGUUAUAUUAAUAAGAAAAAGUCAUUAGAUGGAUUAAAUUGUCAACAAAUGAAACCAAGCAAUUCAUUUCAAUGUAAAACUGUCACAAAUGAACAAAAACAAUUGACCCCCUUAUGUCACAGUAAAACAGAUAGUGGUGAUAGAUCAGGGAGACAAGUAAACUUAACUUGUGAAUAUAAUACUAAUGUUUAUACUAAUCAAGUACAAUCUUCAAGUAAUCAUAACAUUUCUAGAUCGUAUGAUUAUUGUUUACCUAAAAAUAUCAAUAACUUAUCAGAGGAUAAAUCGAUAACAAGACCGCUUACUCGAAAUGAUGGUCCUUCUGGCUCUAGUAAUGAUCUUACAUUUCAUGUUUAUGAAACUUUACAACGUGCAAAAAAAGAUGUAUCCAUUAGUCGUAAAGGAAGUUUCAAUUUAACAAGUCGCCGUGAUCAUGUUUUUUCAGAUAAGCAUUGGUUAGACUCCUUGCGACGGAUUGAUAAAAAGGACGUCAAUUAUGACAAAACCCGUUUGAAAAACGUAGCGCAAUACCAACCUCCACCUAUACCAAGUUCUCCAUUUGAACAAGAAGGAAUGACUGCUGCAUUUGAGAUGCAUUUAGAUAAGGGUGAACAAGUUCAGAAAACAAAUCGUCUGAAAAAUUUAUUUAGUAAUAAAUGUCAACAGAAACCUUCUACACUUGAUUUGCCUAAGGAAACACAAAAGACUUUAUUAGGGUCACCAAGAUUACAUCGAGCAAUAUUCAGGGAGAAAUGUUACAAUCAAUCACGAUUACCAAGUCGAUCCAACAGUCAGAGUCCUGGCGAUAGUGGAAUCAGCCAAUCUAUUAGUUCUUUCAGUGGAAAUAGUCCUCAAACUCUUAGUCAGAGUUUUAGUUCGGCCAGUUCUAUCAGUGAUUGGAGUCCAGACACUCCAUCACCAUGUACUUCAAAUUUAAUGUUAAAAGGUAAUUCAAGUCAAUCUUCCUGUCAGAAAGGAUAUACAAGCAUAGGUAGAAAUUCAUUAACAGCGUCGACGAUACCUUACAUACCACCACCUACAUCACCAUCACCUGAUUAUCCUGGUCUUGAAUAUCCACCAGUAUUUGAACCUGGUACUUACUCUCUCUUGGAUGCUUCAUUAUUACGUAAUCGUAAUAAAAGUAAUCGAGACACUCAUUAACCAAUGACACAACUUAGAUCAUUAAUCUACACACAAUAAUAACCAAAGAUAAUGUGUUUUCUCAAUCAU